AUGGUGAAUGAUAAGUGGUUGGAUGUUAUGCCUGUAACCCCUAUUACUCAUCUAGCUUCCACAGGAUCUGACCAUUGUCCUCUUCUCUUGGAGUGUGUUAACAGACAAGUCAAAACCAUCAAGUACUUCAAGUUCCUGCAAUGCUGGGUGGACAAUGAUGCUUUCUUAGACACUGUGAAGACAUGUUGGGAGAGACCUAUUGAAGGGAGCCCUAUCAGAAGAUUUCAUCAAAAACUGAAAAGAGUCUCAAACACUCUUAGCAAUUGGUCUAGACAGCAGUAUGGGGAUAUUUUUACCACCAUGAAAGACUUUGAAGAGAAAGUCAGGAAUGUUGAGGAUUCCAUCAUCAAUGACAACUCUGAAUCAAAUAGAACCAAUCUCAGUCUUAUCAAUACACAGUAUAGUAGGUACCUAAAGGUUGAACAAUCCAUCUUUAAACAAAAAACACAAUUGCAGUGGUUUAAGGAUGGGGAUGCCAACUCCAAGUACUUUCAUGCUAUUAUAAGGGGAAGAAGAAGGAGGUUAUAUAUUCAUAGCAUCAGUGAUGAGAAGGAGAAUAUUAUUCAAGGGGAUGAAGAUAUAGCCAAGGCUGCAUGUGACCAUUUUGUAAAGAUUUUCAUUGGAGACAACAAAAUUAUCAAUGAGGAAGUUAUCAGUUGCAUUCCUAGGAGUGUCACUGAGCAACAAAACCUGUUGAGUGCCUUACCAACAAAAUAG